UUACCCAUUUGUUUUACGUAAAAAGCCGCGCAGCUGGUAAAUUAGCUAAAUUACAUUCUCCCAAUUUUAGAAAUCAUUAAUUUUAUAAUAUUAGUCACUAUUUAUCCACAAUAAAACGAAAAAUGUCACGGAAUAUAUAUCGUUUGGUGAACAACUGUAGUAAAACGCUACUUUUUCGAGCACAUGCUUGUCCAGCAAAGCUGACAAAUUCACCGGUCACUCAUUUACAGCGACGAUUUGCUGCCACAGACCCCACCAAAGGCAAGGGUCCGAUUUCAUGGAAAAGCUUAGCUUUUAUUGGUGGCGCCGGUGCAAUCGGUCUAGGUUUUAUGUUGUACGUAAAAAAGGAGAAAGAAGAGGCCAUAAUGCGCGAGCGAAAAAGGCAAUUGGGAAAAGCAGCGAUUGGUGGCACCUGGGAACUCACCGAUUCGGAGGGUAAAGUACGUAAGUCGGAAGAUUUUCUGGGAAAAUGGUUGCUGAUUUAUUUUGGAUUCACACAUUGUCCGGAUAUAUGCCCAGAUGAGUUGGAGAAAAUGGCAGCGGUGGUAGAUGCGAUCGAAAAGUCACCGCAAACUCCAGAAAUUCAACCGAUUUUUAUUACCGUUGAUCCGGAACGUGAUAGUAAAGAGGUUGUUGGCAAAUAUGUGAAAGAGUUUUCACCAAAGUUACUGGGACUGACUGGUACUGUGGAACAAAUUCGCCAGGUUUGCAAGGCAUUCCGUGUUUACUUUAGCGCUGGUCCACGUGAUGUCGACAACGAUUAUAUUGUGGACCACACUAUUAUCAUGUACCUAGUCAACCCCGAUGGCGAGUUUGUGGACUAUUAUGGACAAAAUCGUGAUAAGGAUCAGUGUAUAAGUUCGAUAUUAGUAAACAUCGCCAAAUGGAAUAAUAUUAACAAAAAAUCUUGGUUCGGUUAAGUUAAUAAGGAAUUAUAGUAAGAGUUUUCAACUGACUUGUAUUUUUAAUUGAAAAAAUGUUUUUUUUUUUAAUGAAUUUGCAUUUAAAAACAAUGCUUUAGUGCAAAAAUCGCGCAAUAAAUUAUCAAAAGUGAUUAUAUGUAAAUAAA